UUCAUAGUGAAUUACACCGAAUGCGACGAAUCAGUGGCCGUCGGUGUCGCAGUGGAAUUCAUGAAAGAACGUAACGUCGACGUGGUUAUCGGACCGCCCUGUCCAAUGACGGCUGAAAUAAUGGCGUAUCUUUCUACUUAUUACAAGAAAAUUAUGCUCGGAUGGGGUUUCCUGAUUGGUUCGCUAUUCGCCGAUCUUCACAAAUUUCCCUAUGUGACGAAAGUUAUUCCAGAUUCUCUAAUGAUGAUGAAAAGUGUGCUACAGCUUUUCGAAUUGUAUAAAUGGGACAGAGUUGCUGUUUAUUAUACAACAAACGAAGUUCGCUACUGCGACAGUAUCAUCGAGGAUGCUUUGGCAACAUUUGCCGAUGGAACCUCAUAUUUUGUGGAAGUAGUGCAAAAAGUGCUAUGGAAUCGUGUGGAUAGCACUACGUUUAGAGAGCAGAUGAAGCGCACAAAGACGGUUGCGAGAAGUUUGUGGCAAGUCCGUUAG